AUGAUCGUUACAAUCAAAGACUUUGAUUUUCACACCGCCAAUAAAGGAGGAGUUUUCUACAUCGACGCUUCAGUGAUCUCGAAUGACGAUAAAUUUUUUCCUGAUGGAUUCUCAGGAGAAGAAAUUGAGCUCCGUCUGCCUGUUUCAACUAAACAUCAGCUCGAAGUCGAGUUCCUUCACCUGCUCGAGUUUCGCCACACCAAGAAGCAGCUACUGAUCGAGAUCGAACGCGAGGCUCUUCAAACACUCUCUGAACAGAUGAGAAAUGAGCCAAAAGCGUACAUUUUCAGGUACACUAUGCCAUUCCAACCUGAAGAAGAGCCAUCUCAUGACUGUCCCAUCUGCGGUCAAGAAAAUGUCUUCCAAUCUCCGUCCGUUCUUGGAUGGAACUUGCGUACAACUCCCGACGAUGAUGUUCUAACGCAGCCCGAGCAAACAGGAACGAUUUACAUCAACGAGGACUACCAAGCUGUUCCACCACCAAAAAAAGUCUCGGAGCCUCUGAAUAAUCAAAUGCAAGCUUUUUCAAUUUCGGCUCUUUUCUGUUUCUGCUUCUCAAAAUUUCUGCUCCUAAAAAUUUCUGAUCUUUCAUACUUCUUUGUUUUUUCUACUCAAUUUCUAUCUGGUGAAAAUAAAAUUUGGUGA